AGUCCCUCCCCUCCACCGGCCGGACAUCCCCAGAGAGGGGCAGGCUGGUCCCCUGACAGGUUGAGGCAAGUAGACGCCCAGGAGCCCCGGGAGGGGGCUGCAGUUUCCUUCCUUCCUUCUCCGCAGCGCUCUGCGCCCCCAUCGCCCCGCCUGCGCUAGCGGAGGUGAUCGCCGAGGCGAUGCCGGAGGAGGGUUCGGGCUGCUCGGUGCGACGCAGGCCCUAUGGGUGCGUCCUGCGGGCUGCUUUGGUCCCAUUGGUCGCGGGCUUGGUGAUCUGCCUCGUGGUCUGCAUCCAGCGCCUAGCACAGGCUCAGCAGCAGCUGCCGCUCGAGUCACUUGGGUGGGACAUAGCUGAGCUGCAGCUGAAUCACACAGGACCUCAGCAGGACCCCAGGCUAUACUGGCAGGGGGGCCCAGCACUGGGCCGCUCCUUCCUGCGUGGACCGGAGCUGGACAAGGGGCAGCUACGUAUCCAUCGUGAUGGCAUCUACAUGGUACACAUCCAGGUGACGCUGGCCAUCUGCUCCUCCACGACGACCUCAAGGCACCACCCCACCACCCUGGCCGUGGGAAUCUGCUCUCCUGCCUCCCGUAGCAUCAGCCUGCUGCGUCUCAGCUUCCACCAAGGUUGUACCAUUGCCUCCCAGCGCCUGACGCCCCUGGCCCGAGGGGACACACUCUGCACCAACCUCACUGGGACACUUUUGCCUUCCCGAAACACUGAUGAGACCUUCUUUGGAGUGCAGUGGGUGCACCCCUGACCAUUGCUUCUGAUUAGGGUUUUUUUUAAUUUUAUUUUAUUUUAUUUAAGUUCGAGAGAAAAAGUGUACACACAGGGGCCACCCGGGGUUGGUGUGGGAGUGCGGUGGGGGGGUAGUGGUGGCAGGACGAGAGAAGGCAUUGAGCUUUUUCUCUCAUUUUCCUAUUAAAAAAUACAAAAAUCAGCUGGGCGUCAUGGCGUGCAUCUGUAAUCCCAGCUACUCGGCCGACUGAGGCAGGAGAAUCGCUUGAACCGAGGAGGUGGAGGUUGCAGUGAGCCGGAUUGCACCACUGCACUCCAACCUGGGCAACAGAGCAAGACUCUGUCUCAGGAAAAAAAAAUGUUCUUGGUUAGGGAUGUUUGAAGAAUAGAGGAAGCGGGCUGGGCACGGUGGCUCAUGCCUGUAAUCCCAGCACUUUGGGAGGCUGAGGAAGGCAGAUCACUUGAGCCUAGGAGUUCAAGACCAGCCUGGGCAACAUAGUGAGACCCCCAUCUCUACAAAAAAUACAAAAAUUAACCAGAUGUAGUGGUGUGCUAGUCCAAGCUACUCCGAAGGCUGAAGUGGGAGAUUGGGUAGAGCCCAGGAGGUCAAAGGCUGCAGUGAGCCGUGAUCAUGCCACUGCACUCCAGCCUGAGCAAGAGUGAGAUUCCUUGUCAAAAAAAUAAAAAGUUCUGUUUUCUCCUUGGUGCAUCUAUUUGACAAGAGAGGAAACACAAAGAUCACUUUGGGUGACUGUCUCUCAAAGCAGACAAUGCAAAAUACCUAAUGAGUUGGGAGGCCAAGGCGGGUGGAUCACUUGAAAUCAAGAGUUUGAGACCAGCUUGGCCAACAUUGUAAAACUCCGUCUCUACUAAAAAUACAAAAAUUAGCCAAGCGUGGUCGAGGGCACCUGUAAUCCCAGCUACUCAGGAGGCUGAGGCAGGAGAAUCGCUUGAACCCGGGAGGUGGAAAUUGCAGGGAGCCGAGAUCGCGUCAUUGCACUCCAGCCUGGUGAUAGGUGUCGCAAACCACCAUGGCACACAUUUAACUAUGUAACGGAACUGCACAUCCUGCACAUGUACCCCAGAACUUAAAUAAUAAUAACAAAAGAUCACUUGAGGUCAGGAGUUCAAGACAAGCCUGGCCAACAUGGCGAAACCUCACCUCUACUGAAAAUACAGGGUCUUGAUCUGUCACCCAGGCCGCAGUGCGGUGGCAUGAUCCUGUCUCGCAGCCUCAAACUCCUGGGCUCAAGCGAUCCUCCCACCUCAGCCUCCCAAAUAGCUAGGACCGCCAGCAGAGGCCACCACACCUGGCAAUUUUUUUUUUUUUUUUUUUUUGAGAUGAGGUCUCAUUACAUUGCCCCAGCUGGUCUCAAACUCCAAUCUCCCGAAAUGCCGAUCUUCCCGCCUCGGCCUCCCCAAGUGCUGUGAUUACAGGCAUGAGCCACUGCCCUGGACCUCAAAUACAUUUUGGGACUCAGAAUUUUCCAGUAUUUAAAGAUGGUGUACAGGAUUAUACCAUCUUUUUUUUGAGAUGGAGUCUCGCCCUGUUGUCCAGGCUGGAGUGCAGUGGCAUAAUCUCAGCUCACUGCAACCUCCACCCUCCCAGGUUCAAGCAAUUCUUCUGCCUCAGCCUCCCAAGUCUGGGACUACAGAAAUCCACCACCACGCCCGGCUAAUUUUUCUAUUAUUAGUAGAGACGGGUUUCACCAUGUUGGCCAGGAUGGUCUCGAUCUCUUGACCUUGUGAUCCACCCGCCUCAGCCUCCCAAAGUGCUGGGACUACAGGCAUGAGCCACCGCGCCUAGCGCUUAUACCAUCUUUUAUGCAUCACCUCAGUGAGGUUGGGACAGCAUUUUGUAAUCAAACACCACACCUAUUUUUUUUUUUUUUUUUUUUUACAAUGAGAAGUGUUAACAUUCACACUAAAUGGGAUAAAAAUCAAGACUACAGGCCAGGCGCAGUGGCUCAUACCUGUAGUCCCAGCACUUUGGGAGGCCGAGGUGGGCGGAUCGCCCGAGGUCAGGAGUUUGAGACCAGCCUGGCCGACGUGGUAAAACCCUGUCUCUACUAAAAACACAGAAAAUUAGCUGGGCACAGUGGCCGGCACCUGUAAACCCAGCUACUCAGGAGGGUGAGGCAGGAGGAUCACUUAAACCCAGGAGGUGGAGGUUGCAGUGAGCCAAGAUCAUGCCAUUGCACUCCAGCCCGGGUGACAAGAGCGAAACUCCAUCUCAAAAAAAAAAAAACAAAAAACUCAAGACCACAAUUACCAACCUGGCUAACAUGGUGAAACCUCAUCUCUACUAAACAUUUAAAAAUUAGCUGGGUGUCAUGAUGGGCACCUGUAAUCUGUGCUACUAGGGAGGCUGAGACAGGAGAAUCUCUUGAACUCAGGAGGUGGAGAUUGCAGUGGAGAUUGCCACUGCACUCCAGCCUGGGUGGCAGAGUGAGACUCUGUCUUUAAAAAAAAAAAAAAAGACUACAAUUAACAAAAAGUUAGUUCAGGUCAGAGAUUGCUGCCAAACAAUUCACCAAAACAACUUGAUUUCCAGGGCUUUUUGGAUUUUGGAACUGGGGACUCAAAGUAAAGUCAAGUGCUUCUUAACGGCAUUUAAUAUGGACUGCACACUGUUUUAUCCCAUUAACUCAGCUCGUGUUCAUGCAAGCCCUACAAAGCUGGAGGAAUCAUCAUUGUUCCCAUUUCGCAGAUGAGGAAAACAGAGGUGCAAACCAUUGAGUCAUCUGUCCAAAGUUACUGGUUUUGUAACAGCUGGAACCUCAGUAUUUAACAGUUAAGGAAAAUAGUGGCAGAAAACCUGAGUCACAAGCCCAAGGCAAUUCAUCUACAUAGUAGUGGACUCAGGAUUCCAAGCCAGAUAAUCCUGCAUCUUGCAUCCAUGCUCUCGCCUCUAGAGGGGGAAGUGAGAGGAGCGGUGGGGUGUCAAAGCUGAGGGAGGGGAAGUGAGACCCAUGCACCGCCUUCCCUCACAAAUCUAGCCCUGCAGCCCCUCUCCAACCUUACCUGGACUCAGAACCAUGCAUCUGGAAAAGCCACAGACACUCGACGCCAGCCUGUGAAAGCAGCCGGGAGGGAGGCUGUACCCUGCAAAGCCACAGGGAAGGGGCUGCCCAAGACCAUGGGAACCCACCACUUACAUCAGCAUGACCUGGAUGUGAGACACAGAGUCAAAGGAGAUUAUCUGGCAGCUUUAAGAUUGGACUGCCUGACUAUUCACAAUAGCAAAGACUUGGAACCAACCCAAACGUCCGUCAAUGAUAGACUGGAUUAAGAAAAUGUGGCACAUAUACACCAUGGAAUACUACGCAGUAGUAUUUGUCCUUAAAAAAGGAUGAGUUCAUGUCCUUCAUAGGGACAUGGAUGAAGCUGGAAACCAUCAUUCUGAGCAAACUAUCGCAAGGACAGAAAACCAAACACCGCUUGUUCUCACUCAUAGGUGGAAAUUGAACAAUGAGAAUACUUGGACACAGGGCGGAGAACAUCACACACCGGGGCCUGUCGUGGAGUGUGGAGUAGGGGGAGGGGGGAGGGAUAGCAUUAGGAGAAAUACCUAAUGUAAAUGACGAGUUAAUGGGUGCAGUAAACCAACACGGCACAUGUAUACAUAUGUAACAAACCUGCACGUUGUGCACAUGUACCCUAGAACUUAAAGUAUAGUUUAAAAAAAAAAAAAGAAAAAAAGAUUUGACUGCCUGGCCAGGCACAGUGGCUCAUGCCUGUAAUCCUAACACUUUGGGAGGCCGAGGCAGGCAGAUUGCCUGAGCUCAAGAGUUCGAGACCAGCCUGGGCAAUGUGGUGAAACCCUGUUUCUACUAAAAUACAAAAAAAAAAAAUUAGCCAGGCGUGGCAGCGUGCGCCUGGAGUCCCCGCGACUUGGGAGGCUGAUGCAGGAGAAUCGCUUUAACCCGGGAGGCAGAGGUUGCAGUGAGCUGAGAUCGAGCCACUGUACUCCAGGCUGGGUGACAGAGCGACACUCUGUCUCAAAAAAAAAAAAAAAAGAUUUAACUGCCCCACUGGAUUUUGGAAUUGCAGGGGACCUUCAGCCCCUUCGUUUUGGCCAGUUUCUCCCAUUUGGAAUGGGUAUAUCCAAUGCCUGUACCCCAUUGUAUAUAGGAAGUAACUAACUUGCUUUUGAUUUUACAGGCUCACAGACGGGACUUGCCUUGUCUCAGAUGAGAUUUUGGACUGUGGAAUUUUGAGUUAAUGCUGAAAUGAGUUAAGACUUUGGGGGAUGGUUAGGAAGGCAUGACUAGUUUGAGGACAUUGUGCUCAAUGAAAUAAGCCAGUCAAAAAGGAAAAAUAUGUAUUGUAUAAACUAACUUACAUUAAUCUACCACAUAGGAUUAAAACUGUUCACAGGAAUAUAAAAUAUAAUUUUUUAGAUAUA